UAACUUCUAUUAGUUCUCAACUGUCUUAGCAAGUUGACCCCAACGUGGGUAGCUUCACUAAAAUAAUGUUGGAGACCUCCAAAUUUAAAAUGACUUUUUAAGUAAAUUUAUGGAAAAUAAAAAAAAAAAGGAAAAGACUCAAGUUCCUUGUGUACUAUUUUGAAGUCAAUUCCACCAUCUCAUUAUUUUGGGUAAGCAUAGAAAUUUGAAGAGUUUUUUCAGUUUUGCGUUACAUCAUGAAUAAGGUUAGAAAUCGGAUAUGCAAUCAGUUCAUAAAUUAUUGUCUACUAUAAUAUACAUAUUUUUUAAACAUUAUAGAACACGUCAUGGCUUUUUUAUACAGAUUAUAAAAACACGUCAUGACUUUUUUAUAAUUUGUAGUAGUCGGAUAAUUUAUGCUUAUUAAUUAUUAAUUUUUUUUAUUUAAUUUUUGUAAGAGGAUACCCUAUACAAAUUUUUUGGAUCCACCUCUAACGAAAAACUAGCAUUAAAUCACAAUUAUUCAAGCACAAAAUAUUUUAUUACUGAGUUUUCAAGUACAAUAUUACGGUUUUACAAUAAUUAUAAAUAGGACGUUCGUGAAUGACGAGAUAGUGCCAAACAUUGACUCUAUAAUUUUCUCCAUUGGAAAAAAGUCGUUGUAAUAAUUAAUUAAUUAUGAGUAUACGUAAUUCAUGAGAUCGUCAUGCUAAUUGCCAAAGAUGGCGAGUAACCAUUGGUUACUGACCCAUCAGUAACCACACGGGAGCCGUAGGAUUGGGAAUGGAGAAAUCGUGUGGCUGGGCUGGAUGUGGGGUGGGGAGGGGCAUUUUUGUCCAUUUUUGUAUUUUUAAUUUUUUUUAUUCAUUCCGCAUUUCAAUGGUUGACUUUUCAAUGAAAGAGAGAGACAAUGCAUUUUUUCUGCAACUCAACUUUCUUCCUUCUCUCUUCUUUUCUUUCAAUAUCUUUCCAGAUCCUUUCUCUUUCUCUAUUCCUUCUCUCUUACUUUUUCUUUCACAAUCUCCUUUUCAAAUUUAGAUAUACUCUCUUCCGUCUUCAUUUUUUUCUCUAGCAAUCGACGCAUAAAAAUUGUAGCCACUCUCUUUCUUUGCAUUUCUUCUCUUCAUCAACUCGUUGGCCUCAAUUCCGAUAUUUCUCAUUUUUUUUGGCAUUUUGGUGUUCUUGAUUGAGGAAGAGGAAAUGAGAGGCAUCAGAAGACGAUUUUUUCUCUCCCUCCUUCUGUUUUUUUCCUUUUAGAUAAUAUAUAUUGAUAUUAUGACUCUAUACCAUAUGGUAUUGGGUGGUAACGAAAUAUAUAUUGAUAUUACCACACUAUACCCUAUGGUAAUGUAUGGUAUUGCGUGGUACCGAAAUACAUAUUGAUAUUACCACUCUAUACCAUAUGGUAUUGUGUGAUAUUACCAUACUAUACCAUAUGGUAUUGUGUGGUAACGAAAUAUAUAUUGAUAUUACCACACUAUACCAUAUGGUAUUGGGUGGUAACGAAAUAUAUAUUGAUAUUACCACACUAUACCAUAUGAUAUUGGGUGGUAACGAAAUAUAUAUUGAUAUUACCACACUAUACCCUAUGGUAAUGUAUGGUAUUGCGUGGUAACGAAAUAUAUAUUGAUAUUACCACUCUAUACCAUAUGGUAUUGUGUGAUAUUACCACACUAUACCAUAUGGUAUUGGGUGGUAACGAAAUAUAUAUUGAUAUUACCACACUAUACCAUAUGGUAUUAACUGGUAAUAACUGGAAAAAAAUUUUGUGUCAAAAAAAUAUCAAAGUGGAUAUCAUUUUGAAGAGCAUAAUUAAUCUGAUCUAACUGUGCAAAAAAAAUUAAAUUUCGACUCAAAACGAGUGAGAAAUCGUCCGUUAAAGAUUAAGAGAAGGAAAAUUAAAGGUUUUUCGAUGAGAUAGAAGGAGGUCCUGAUGUGGGCGGUCAAAAGUCAGCGCGUCAGCAAUAAAUAGGGGAUAAGUGCAUUUUACCUUACUGCCCUUUAUCAUUUAAUUUAAAUAAAAAAGUAACUGACACGUGGAGAGAGGAGAGAGGAGAGAGGGGUUACUGAUGGGUUACUCACCCAUUAGUUACUCACCCGAUCUGCUCCCUAAUAUCUUUUCUAUUUUCAUUUAGGCAUAGUUUCUAAUUUGCAGUACAAUCAUUUUUACACUUUGAUUUUUUGUAUAUACGGAUGUAGCCGAAGGGUACUAGACCCUACUUGUACAAUAUAUAUAUUUUAGAGGUAGUAUAUAAAAGUUCACCCAAAAAAAUAUACUUAUUUGAGUUCACCCUAUCUAGGGAGAGCGUACCAGGUUCAUAACCUUCUGGUCAAUAACCAUGCAUAAAUCAAUCAGAAUCCUCCAUAUUAGCACCCUAUCUCUCUUCUGAAAAGCCUUUAUUUUUUUCCCGCUUAAUUUUUAACGAACGAUUUCUUCAGAAUUUAAUUUUUUUGCACAGUUAGAUCAGAUUUAUUGUGAUCUUCAAAAUGAUAUCCACUUUGAUAUAUUAUUAAAACAAAAAAAUUGAGUUAUUUUUUAUUUGUCUAUACCAUAUGGUAUUGACUGGUAUUGAAAUAAGAGUAUAUUAUAUGGUAUGAAAAACGUAAUGUUGUUCUGAACAUACCAAGACUAUAGAAUGGUUGAAUACAUGAUAGUAUCAGUAUACUAACUGUCUUUAUGACUUUCAACAUUGUGUACCACAAGAUAGCAUCCCGUACCAGGGUGGUAUUUUGUGGUAUUUUGUGGUAAUUUUUGGUCCUUUAUUUUAUUCACCCAGAAAUUUGUAGAUCCGAUAGAUCAUGAUCAACUCGUUCCUUCCAUGCAAAUUUUUCAAAAACGACUUAAAAACGAAGAAGUUACCAUAUGGUAUGUUGUUGGUACGAGAGGCAUGAAAUUUUUUUCCAAUUGAUCUCAUUUUGUAGAGCACAACAAACACGUUCCAUCUGUACAAAAAAAAAUUGAACUCCGAGUUAAAAAGAAAAAGAUAUGAGCCUAUUAAAAAAGCUAGGGAAAAUAAAAAUGCCUUUAAUUCUCCAUCCUUAGAUAUGAAGUUUAUCCAAAUUUGGGCGAAAUUCUAACAAGUUUGUCUUUUUUGUCUUUUUCCUUUUAAUUUUAAGCAUAUUAGUAGGUUCGGUUCGAUUAUUAUUUUAACUUUUUAUUCGUGUAUCGAUGCAUUUUUAAUCAUUUUUUGCUUAUCGCUAACCAAAACAUUUAUAUUAGUCGAUUAAUCGAUAAAUUGAUAAUCGAUUAUUGGUUAAUUUUUCAUUUAAACGUAUAUCAAGUAAUUUAGAAUGGUUAGUCCAAAAUAUACAAUAUAAAUUUUAAAAAACCUGCGUAUUGGAAUUCAUCCCUCUACAAUUACCGAUAAUGAAGUACAUACAAUCCAACGGUCAUAGUACUUGGAGUACAUAUACUUCAGCAGAGCAGCACAGUACUAGUCGUUACGGAUUGGAUCGAAUCCUAAACCACAAUUCUUAAGGAGGAUCCUAACUUUACGCUAUUGAGAGGAAUGAUGAGCUUAAGUGGGGGUGGAGGGGGGGGGGGGGGGGGGGGGGUUGUCUAUUAUGCCUGUGUGUGUUAAUGAAUUAUCUGUUUUUGAGUGCUUGGAGUCUAGUUGUAUCCCUAAAUUUUUGAAAAUUUUGAGGGCUCCAAGCAUAGCAACUUAUACAUUUGCAUGAUCAUAGUUUAGUAGCACCUUUGGUUGUUGCAUAGAGCACCAUCAGUCCAUCGCUUCACCAUUCUGGGUCUAUCCCAAGGGAUUGCAUCUCCUAACGGUAGGGUAGUGAUUUGAUCGAGUUAGGAUGGUACUCAACAUCAAUCGUACGAUGGAGCUAGGAGGAUUAAACCCAAGAGAGUGACAACAAAAAUUGCUUUCGCCGAGAUACCAUCAGGAUCUGGUGCUGCUCUGAAGAAGCCUACACCGUUUCUCAGGCAUCGUCGACCCCCAAUCAAUUUGACGUGGCUCAUUGCUCUCUUACCAUCUAAAUUAAAGAGGAAUCUCAGAUUAGACUCUCUCAUAGAUUAAUUUGACAAUUUCUUAGAGGAGAUAGAAGCAAGAUUCACAAUUCUAGAACAACCACAUCAAAUAAUAAAAUCUUAUCGGAACAACACUAAUGAAACACACAAAACAAAAUUUCUAUACAUGUUUCAUAUGAGGGUGUGCAUGUGCAAAUUAAGAAAAAUAGAAGGAUUAGCGAGGGAGCUUACUUUGCAUAGGUUUUGAUGAUCAAAACUCACUUCAAUACAUUCCAGGUGGAGAUGUCAAAUCGGUUGGGUCUAGACAUGUGUAUAUUUCAACAGAGUAUACUACAAACACGAAGAGUUCGGUUUGUCCUUCCCAUGACAACAUAUGUUUGCCAUGUAUUUAUUCAUUGCAGAGAGAAGAGUAUCAAACUACCUUGUAUCUGCUCCAAUUAUGGCUAUCACUCGUGCUUUGUAUAUUGCACUAAUUAGAACUCUACUUUUAGAGCUAGAGGCAAGUCACCACUAUCACGAAAUAUCAUAUUAUAAAAACUCAUAUGAAAUCAUGAGGUUAUUUCAAUCAAAAGAAACAGUAUUUUAUAUUUUGAAGAUCAACAUUGUAGCUUCAAUAGUUCAAUUCGGUAAUGAUCUCAGCUCUUAGAUAUAAAAUCUAUGUAAAAGUGGUAUGAUUGAAGCUAUUCCCUAUUUUACACUAAUCAGAAUAGUCUUUGUUUAGUCCUUUUUCGUCCAAGCGCUAAUCGAGCUAUAAUUUUAAACCAUCAUUAUUUAGCAACUUUAAAGCGAAUUAAUUUGUUUCCCUUGUAAUUUGUAAUUUAUGUUCUUUUCAUUGGUAGUGAGUGUAUUGCACUAACAAUAGAUGAAUAUUACCAUUGUUGGUGUAUUUUGUUAAGGUCGUCUUUGGCUUCAGCGCAAGAUUUAAUCUCUUGUGAUAGAGAUUUCUAGCACCAUAGUCGUGCUUUUUUGGUUGGUCGUUUUGCAGGUGGUUAUUUGGUAUGAGAAUAAUCGAAGUGAAAUAAGUUUCAUCGAUCUAUCAGGUGAUUGUUCGUUUUUAUUCGCUUUUAUAAAUUUAUGAGAGUAAUUAAGCAUGCUAUAUCCAAUAUUGCUAAGGUCCUUUUCUUUUAUUUGUUAUGGCGUUUUGGGUCAACUCGAUACUGGUCAUCCGGCAUACUCCGUCAAAGGAAACUACACUUGCUGGCGGGACUAUCUUGGAGAUGUUUUUUUUUUAUUUUUUUUUCUCCUGUCAGUGUCGUGUCUUUGCUCCUCGGAGCUUCUUCAGAGCUGCCCAUGUAGUGGCUUAUCAGGCUCUUUCAUCAUAGUCCGGUCGCAUACAGACUAUCGUGCAGUUUUUAACCUAGUGUAUAAUUGUGUCGAGUCUUUGUCCCAUGCCCUUUGGGCUUGCCUUGGAUAAAAAAAAAAUAGUCUUUGUUUAUUGGAAACUAACCACAAAAACAUUUCAAAUCAUCAAAAUGAUGUUACUCAAAAGGAGUAUCAUAAAAAAAGUGUAGUUAUGUAUCUUUAAUCAACUUAAAAGUCAACCUAGAAGAACAACCAAAUGAAUUAAUGGUUAAGAGAUCACAAAUUACUGUCAAUGAAGCUAAAUAACCCACCAGUCAGCUCUCCAAGCAAGAACAUUCAACCUUUCCAUAUUUGCCGCUCUAAAAAUUGCUCUAGCAUAACAAUAAAGGUGGAGGACGUUAGGGGUUGUCGAGUCUGGUGGCAAGAUUUGGAGAGACGGUGAUGGUUGAUUGUUUAGUGGGUCGGGACACUAUUUAGGCCCGUUUACAUUAGUAGCGCCUUUUACAUCCGUGUUAGUGAUUCGAGGCUAAUUACACAUAUUUCAACCAUGAUUUCUUGAAGCAUCCAUGAGUUACAAGAGCUAUGAAAGCUUUCCACCCGACCUCGAUGCGCUUUUGGAGAAGGUCCCGUUGCGUCUCUUUUCCAAGCCAAGGCCAAACCAUCGGUGAUCCCUCUUGGUGGAUGCGUUGUUAGACAAUCGAUUAUGUCUUACAUGGUGUGGGGCAAAGAGAAGAAGAAGAAGAAGAAGAAGAAGAAGAAGAAGAAGAAGAAGAAGAAGAAGAAGAAGAAGAAGAGGUAUCGUCGGUGGAGCCUCAAAGCCACUCAAGUUCACGAGCCCUCAAUCAUGGACUCGUCCAAUGCUCAGGACUUGAGACUUCAUCUCACUGACAAGAACCUCAACUUCAGGGAGGCUAUAGGGUGGACAGAAACUUGAGGAGCAACCGCCCGACUCACGAUGUUAAAGAAGCAUUUGGCGGGAGGCAACCCAACCAUCAUCGGUUUGCAUCUCUUUUCAUUUCAAUAAGACAACCAUUGGAGAAGCUUUUGGUGGUGUUUUGUCGUCCCCUUGCUCUUCCAGAUCCUUCCCACCCUCCGUUCCUGACCACAAACAUUCACAGCUUAUCCGGUAACAUCGUUCCACCUUCUUAUUUUACGUCAUUGAGGGUAAUGUCGUUCUACCUCCUUAUUUUACCUCCUUAUUUUACGCUUUGAUUUCAAGUCCGACAAGCAUUUCGUUGCAUCCUCCGAUGGCACUGCCCUACAAUUAGUUGAAGAGAUAGUGAGCGUUGCAGAAAGGAAGAAGAAGUGAAACAAUUGAGAGAAGAAGUGGAGAAGUAAAAAAACUCAUAUAAAUCCUUUCCCAACGGCUACGAUUAACAGAAAAAUGGGUUGUUCUUUAACAUGGCAUUAGACUAAUUGGUCGACAGGUCAUGUGUUCAACUUUUUAUGAUGACUCCUAAUAUAGACAAUAAUUUUGCACAAUAAAUAAUAUAUUCAACCUGUGCAAAUUGAAAUCCAACAAGUACACCCACAAGUAUGCCCACAAGAAAAACAGGGUAAAAGAAUUGCUUGAACUUCAAGAAGAAAACGACAAUGAGUUGAAUGAGAUGAAAAAACAAAUUUCUUCCACGCCAAUGGAGCUAGCUACCACCAAGGAAAAGAAGAUACAAGAGGAGAAAAUAACGAAAUUAUAUAAUGAAUAAAAGAGAAAGAAGACGAAUGGGUGAAACUAAAAGCGACAUACGAAGAUUUGUUGAAACAACUUUCUUCCAUCGUGACUGAUUUAUCUUCCAAGGGAGAAAAAUCAAAUCACUUGUUCUUGGAAAUUCUACUCAUUUCAAACAUUCCAAAGCAGACGAAAUAGUUAAAAGCCGAACCCACCAAUUAAAAAAAUUGGUUGAGCCCACCAAUUUAGAAUAUCUUUUAACGAAUCAAUCAAUUUGUAAGCUUUGUUAUGAGAAUUUGAAUGACUUAUUAGAACUUGAUUAGUAGAUUUUAUAUAUACUAGGUGGCGAUGCCGCGCCUUAUCGCGGAAUGGAGAUGGCCUAUGGGCAUGUAUUAUGUAACCCAUUAUGGUGUUUUGUUAGUAUUAUUAGCCUAAAAUUAAUUUUUGUUAGCAGUUUUGGUAGUAAUAUUGACUUAACAAUAUAAUACUGACUGAGAAGAGAUAUAAGCGGUCAAAAUCAAUUUUAAAACUCUUAAAAAUUUUGGCUAGUAAAUGACAUUUAUCUAAAUCCAAGUAGACCCAUUGAUUAUGGGUAGGGUAUGAGUGACGUAUAUAUGGGUUUGGAAGUUUGUAGAUGGGUUUCGGCAAGGUAUGGAUAUUUACUUCCAUUAUCUAAAUGUGUAUGAGUUGUGUAUGAAUACCCAUGUAUUCAAUGGUGUUUUAAUUACACAUACAAAAAUUAGACCUAUUUGUAGACCUUCAAAAGUUUAGGUACCAAGAUGUAAUACAUAAAAAAUUUAGGUACUAAAAUGUAAUUUUCAAUCAAUAUUCUGAGGACUUAUAUGCCAAAAAAUAAAUUUAGGUUAAAAAUUUAAAAAUCUCUUAAGUUUAGGUACAAAACUGUAAUUUGCAUAGUAGAGGCUUAAUUCCUUUUAUGGUAUGUAUUUAAGAUGAUAAUUAUUUACUUUUUUAUAGAACCAUGAAAACUAUUUAUUAGAUAUGUGUAGAUACAUAGCCAAACAUUCCAUGUAUAUUUGUUGAAAAUUCUAGCCUAGGUGAAAAAGCAAAACUCUAGAGAGAAGCAAAUGGAAUACAAACUGGAACUCGCUUAAAAUUUCACACCUUCAAAUCCCAUAAUGAAAAAUGACAACUUUC